UUGGCCACACUGUAACGAUGCAAAGCCUCAAUGAAGCGGACCUCUGUUUCCCACAAUUCCUCAACGCUUCCUGCAGGAAGACGCCAUUGCCUCCGGCUGUGUCCAUGAUCACCUACAUCAUGCUGACGUUCAUCGGUCUGCUCACUGUGAUUCUCAACCUGCUCGUCAUUGUCUCCAUCUCCCACUUCAGGAAGCUCCACACCCCCACCAAUAUCCUCCUCCUUUCUCUGGGUAUCUCAGAUUUACUUGUGGGCUUCCUUAUUUUCUUACAAACAUCGGCGAUAGAUGGCUGCUGGUUCCUCGGUGACUUCAUGUGUAUCCUGUAUUACGUGCUGCAAUAUGUCAUCACUGCUUCCUCAAUAGGAACCAUGGUCCUCAUAUCAGUCGACCGCUAUGUGGCUAUUUGUGACCCAAUGCAUUACCGAACCAAAGUCUCUGAAAAAAGAGUUAAGAUGUGUGUUUGUGCUUGUUGGGGGUGUGCGACCCUCUGUCACUGUGUGCUGCUGAGGCACAACCUGAAACAGCCAGGCAGCCUGAAUUCCUGCAUCGGAGAGUGUGUCAUUCUGAUUAAUAACAUCUCUGCAGUCAUAGACAUGACUGUGUCCUUUAUUGGUCCUGUCAUUGUCGUUGUCAUCCUGUAUCUCAGAGUCUUUGUGGCGGUCAUCAUUCAGGUCCGUGCCAUGCGAGUGCGCACGGCAGCCGGUCCUCAACAGAGCUCGGUCAAAGUAAAGAAAUCAGAAAUGAAAGCAGCGCGGACUCUCGGCAUUGUUAUUGUUGUGUUUUUAUUAUGCGUCUGCCCGUUUUUUAGCGGUACGGUGACAGGCAUGGACACUCUGCUCAGUGCAUCCAGUGAUGCAUUUAUUAUACUUUUGUUCUACUUUAACUCCUGUUUAAACCCACUGAUAUAUGCCUUUUUCUACCCCUGGUUUCGAAAAUCUAUCAAACUCAUUUUUACACUUCAAAUAUUGAAGCCCGGCUCCUCUGACUUCAAAUUAAUGUAAAGAGAAAGGAGCUGAUAAGUAGAUUUUAAUUUUGUAGGGAUCCUACAGAGCAAUAGAGAAACUCAGUGAUCAGAGUAAAGUCUAGACAUAAAUUAUCCAUAAACUGUCUGCUUAGGUGGACUUUAGAAUCUCUUCUAUGCUUUGACCCUGAGUUUGGAAGUGUGCACAUAGUGCUGCAUGCAACAUCCCAGCCAUGUGCAAGCACAACACAUGUGGGAAAACUGAAAACCUGAUGUCCUUUAUUGCCCAUAAUGCAUAAUAAAUGUAUCUUGUGUCCAGAAUAUGUUAUAAAUAUUGCACAAGCUUUUUAAUACUGUGCAUGCACCAUGAUUCUUUGACCGAUCUGUGAUUUAAAUAGUUGUUUUUGGUCUGCUUUUGUUUUUCCAAGGGUCAUUGAUAACCUCAUGUGCAUUUUUAAAGAUUUGUUCUUGAUGAAUUUUGCAAAGCUGGUGUUUAUGCAAAUGAAUAUGAGUACCUUUGUGUUGGUUCUCUGUGGAAAUGUUGAAAUUUAAAGUUGCUGUCAGUGAAAUAGGUUUGUUAUGAUGUGUGCCAAAUCUAUGUUGCACCUUCCAUCACUGAGACACAACAGUUGUUCUCAAAGAAUAAAAACUGAAACACAUUCAUCCAUGAAUUUAUGACCCAAACUGUAACUGUAACUCAUGUUUAUUUCACAAAUACCUUCAUAAGCUAAGUGAUAUGGCCCUAAAUCAAUAUCCUGUUUCAUGUAGGUAGAGAGGUGAUAUACGAUGUUGGUAUUUUAUAAGAAAUGUGCUUUAAAUGUCUAGUUUUCACUUGAUUUUAUUUAUUUGCACAG